AUGACUCAGAACUACCAGCACAUCCUUGCCUUGGAAUUUGCUGUCAACGAAAUAAAUAAGAAUCCCCAGAUCUUACCCAAUGUCACCUUGGGAUUCCAGAUCUAUGACAGCUAUAUGAAUCCAAGGUGGGCCUUUUGCUCUGCAAUGCAUCUGGUUUCCCCAAAGAAUAUAUUUAUUCCAAACUAUAAGUGUGAAAUGCAGGAAGAUCUAAUUGCAAUCAUCGAAGGACUUGACUCAGUAAGCUGCCAGAGGAUACCAAAUACUUUGAACAUCUACAAAUUUCCACAGCUCUUGUACAAUUCUGCCCCAUUGAGAAUGGAUGACACUCAAACUUUUCCCUUCUACCAAAUGGUUCCAAAUGAAGCUCAUCAGUUCAGGGGGAUUCAACAGUUACUUCUCGCCUUUAACUGGAUGUGGGUUGGAUUAUUAACUGCAGAGGAUAUCAGUUUAGAGUGGAUCGAACAAGUUGUGGUUCCAGAAUUUGCCCAGAAUGGCAUCUGUUUUGCCUUCACAGAAAUAAUCUACACUGCAGGAAUUGGUGAUGGUGCGAUCCAGAUAUGGACAAGAAUAAUGUAUUGCAAAAUUAUGAGCAGCACAGCCAAUGUAAUUCUCUUCUUUGGAGAUUCUCGUUACAUGCUGUUUUUGACUGGGGUGCUAAGCAUGGGAAUUAGCAAAGAUGCAAAUGAAAAUUCCAAGGGGAAAGUGUGGAUUUUUACAGCCCAGACAGAGUUAAAGUCAUAUGGCAACACACUUUACAUGGAGUCACAUUUAGAAGGCUUCCAUGGUUCUAUAGGGACUGCAGCUCACUCCAAGGAAUUUACAGGAUUCCAAGAAUUUAUUAGAAGCAAAAGUCCUCUCAGCACUGAAGGAGAUUUUUUCAUCAGAGACUUCUGGGCAUCUGCAUUCCAUUGUGUUUUCCCAAACUCUGCUCUGCUGAAACUUUCUGGAGAUAACUGUACCGGUGAGGAGAAACUGGAGGACCUUCCUGAGGAACUUUUUGAAAAACACAUUACAGGGCACAGCUACAGCAUCUACAAUGCUGUGCAUGCUGUGGCCCAUGCUUUAUAUGAUACAUAUUUAUUCAAAUCAAAACACAGAAGAAGAAUGGAGGGGGAAAGGGAGAGGUCUGUGCAGCCAUGGCACCUUCAUCACUUUCUGAAGCAGCUGUCAUUUAACAAUAGUGCUGGGGACACAGUUUCCUUGGAUCAGAAUGGGGUAAUAGUUGCAGGAUUUGAUGUUAUAAACUGGAAUGCAUUUCCAAACCAGUCUUUCUUCAGAGUGAAAGUUGGAAAGAUUGAACCCCAGGCUCCAACAGAAGAAAUCCUCACUUUGAAUGAGGAUGCCCUUGUAUGGCCCAGGGGCUUUCACCAGCUACAGCCUGUUUCUUUGUGUAAUGAUCCCUGCCAUCCUGGUUUUAGCAAGAGGAAGAAAGAGGAGAAGCCAUUCUGCUGCUAUGAUUGCAUUCCAUGUCCAGAAGGGAAAAUCUCUGACAAAGAUGACAUGGCUGACUGCUCUCAGUGCAAAGAUGAUCAUUAUCCCAACAAGGCUCAAAAUUCAUGCAUACCCAAAGUUAGAACCUUCUUAUCUUACAGUGAACCGUUGGGGAUGGGUUUAGCCAUUGGUGGACUUUCAUUUUCUUCUAUCACUCUUGUUGUGCUUGUGACAUUUAUUAAGCACCAUAAUACUCCCAUCGUUAAAGCCAAUAAUCGGACUCUCACUUAUAUUCUUCUGUUCUCCCUCCUGCUCUGCUUCCUUUGCCCGUUGUUUUUUAUUGGCCAGCCUCAGAAGGUGACAUGUCUCCUCCAGCAAAUGACGUUUGGCAUCAUCUUUUCAAUGGCAGUUUCUUCUGUGUUGGCAAAAACCAUCACUGCUGUUUUAGCUUUUGUUGCCACCCAGCCAGGCUCCAGAAUAAGGAAGUGGGUGGGGAAAAGAUUGGCCAGUUCCAUUGUCAUUUCCUGCUCCAUUGUGCAAGCAGCUAUUUGUUUGUUCUGGCUUCUAACAUCCCCUCCAUUCCCUGAUGCUGACAUGCAUUCAGUAACUGGUGAAAUUGUACUACAAUGCAAUGAGACAUCAUCUAGCAUGUUUUACUGUGUCCUGAGCUACAUGGGCUUCCUGGCAAUUGCCAGUUUCACUGUGGCUUUCUUCUCCAGGAAGUUACCUGACAGCUUCAAUGAAGCCAAGCUGAUUACUUUCAGCAUGUUGGUCUUCUGCAGUGUGUGGUUGUCAUUUGUUCCUACCUACUUGAGUGUCAAGGGGAAAUACAUGGUGGCUGUGGAGAUCUUCUCCAUUUUGGCCUCCAGUGCUGGGUUGUUGGGCUUUAUCUUUUACCCCAAAUGCUAUAUUAUUGUUCUGAGGCCUGAGCUGAACAAUAGGGAGCACCUCAUGAGGAAAAACUACGGAAGAAGUAUCUCUGUACCUAGAUUCCAGCUCCCCAACCCUGUUAACUAA